AUGGUUAAUAAGAUGUGUCUGAUGAAUAAAAAAGGAAAAAAUCUAUAUACAUUUGCACAUGAGUUCAAACUCCCAACCAACUCAGAGUGGGUGAAAUUGCCCGCUUUUACCAUCGAAGAUAUUCCUUCUUCCGAGUUUGACAUCAUCGCACAAGUAGCUUAUGAUUACUCAGAAAAAAGUUACCUACGACCAGCAGUUGCAAUCAUAACAGUACAACUGACAAAUCAGGAACCGUUAGUUGACCGCGUAGUGCAUUGGGAAAAAAUUUUUGAAGUUAAUAACUUAAUACUUUCAUAUACUUCUAAUACAUGUCCAGAAAAAAAGGAAAAACCUGUUCACUGUAUGGGACGAUAUCAUACCUUCUGUAUGACAAUUUCUUGUUCAAUAUUCUGGCACGGAUUUGUUGAAGACUUGUACUGUUUAGAUGUGUGCAAACAUGUACAAGAUCAUUUCAAGAGUCAUGAAUUCAGCGAUGUGAAAAUCAAAGUCGAAGACAAUGAAUUUUUCGCGCAUAAAUAG